AUUUAAAUUUUAAAAGAAGGAUGAGCCAAGACGAACCAUUCUGGAAGACAACUAAGAAUGAAGUAAUGAAUCUAUCACAAACUAGCCCUGAAGAAAUGAGCCAGGAGAAGUUAGCAGUUUCCAUAGGUAAAUCCCCUAAAGAAGAAAGCAAGGAGGAAACUAAAGGAGAACCUGGUGGCACAGGCUCCCCUUCAAGGUCUAAAAAGAUGUUGAGCGGAAGCCCUGUUGAUAAUAAAUCUGAACCUGAUAGCAAAGAAGAAUCUCCGGAUAAUCCUCAUAAAUAUAAUCCUAAAGUUAGCAAUAUUAGUGCUAAAAACAAGGAUGAAGCUCAUACUGAGGAACUACCCCAGCAGAAUACAAUGGAGGUUAGGUUAGACCCCUCUGAUCGCAUAAUAAAAGAAGACCAAUCUGAAAAUACCCAACCUGAGCAAUCUGAAGAGGAACAGGAGAGAGAAGAACCUGAGGAAGAGACUGAAAAUGAGUCCGACCCAGACUUUGGGAGAGACAACUCUGAUAAUGACAAGAACAUAAACAAUAUUCUUGUUGAAGAGAUUAAGGGAGAUAUCCAUCCUCGUUAUGAAUCAGAACCAGAGUCAUCUGAAGAAAGCUUAAGUAGGUUUGGAAGGAAAGAGGAAGCACCUGCUGAAGAUGUAAAAAGAGAGCAAGUAUAUGCAGCAGAUAGAAGUGAGGAGGAUGCUCAAAGUAGCCACAGAGGAAAUCCAGCAUCUGCUUCUGCAGGUGAAGAUUGUCAGUCAAACCAAAGUUUUGGAAGAGAAGAUCCUAUAAGCCAUGUUGAGGUCUCAAACCAGGACCAAGACAUUAAAGAUUUCAAAGCAGCUCUAACUCUAAAAUAUGAAAGCUUUAAGAGAUCAGUAACGAAAAAGUAUGAAGAAAUCCGCCUUGAGUAUCUGAGGAACAUUGAUUUCAAAAUUAAAGAAAAUGAAAGAGAGAAUGCUUCUGCUAUAGAUUUCCUUGAACAGCAGUUAGAAGAGGCGAUCAAUGAGAAAGACUCUGCUAUAAAGAGAGCAUCCCAGUCCAGAAUUAUCCUUGCUAAUACUUUAAGAGAGAAGUAUAAUACCCAUUACUUAAAGAGAGCUUGCUUCCAGUCAUGGAAGUAUUAUUACGAGUGGAAAAAGUACAAGGAAGCCAAGUCUAAGUUCUGUGACAAUUAUUUUAAAUAAAAGAUCACUCAUGAAGUUCUUCAAUGGGUGGAGAAGAGUCACCCAUGAUGAGUUCAUAGAAAGAGCCUUCAAAAUUAGAGAUGAGUACGAAGCUAGAAAGAGGAAGAUCGUCUAUGACGUAGACACUAAGAUCGAGAACCUUAAUGUAUACCUGCUCCAAUUAAAAGACAAGAUUGAAGAAGAAACUGGCCUGACGAUUGAGAUCCCUGAGGAAUAUCUCUAUUCAACAGGUCUUGAGAGAAUUAAGGAUGAAACUGAUGUGCUGAGGAACACAGAGUUGCUUGAUGAAAUCAGAAUCACUCAGACACAGAAAGUAUUUCAAGCAUAG